AUGAAUAUGCUCCUUCGAGCACACUUGAGAGGAAUGAUACAAGCCUAUAAUCCUGUUCGAGUCAUUAUUUUCGAGCUGGAAUCCGUUCACUUUGCAAAUCAUGACGAUGGUCACAUGGACC